GAUCUUUGGGGGUUUUAACUUUUUAUAAACAAGUUAAAUUAACAGAGAGGUCGUCAUUAUAGCUGAAACGGGGGUGCGAGCACAAACUUGACAGAAGUAGUAUAGAUACUUGUCUUCAUCGAGCGCUGAGAUUUUCUUCGACCCGUGUGCUUAAUUAGUAUUUGUCUUCACUCUCCCUUUUCCGGUAAAAGUUUCCGCCGCCGACGCCUGAGAACCUACAAGAAGAAGAAGAAGUUGCCUUCUUUUAAGUGCUUAUCAGUUCUUUGUUUUGACGAUGUAUGUCACUUCUUCUGACGGUGCUACAACAUUUUCUUCAUCUCGUACUGGUAAUUUUCUCUCCCCUGGUUUGAGCUGUGCUGCGAGUAGAGAGAGGAACGAGGAUGGUGAAAAAUCCAAUACUAGUAAAGUGAAGGACUUUCAAACUGGACAGAUCUGGUCAUAUUACAGUGGCAAAGAUGACUUGCCUCUGUACUACUGUAGGAUUGAGAAGAUCACUGUUACUCAAGUAUUCGAGCAGGAAGCAGUAGUCAAAAUAUGUGUACAUCGGUUAAAGGCUACUCCUUUCCCUGAUAAUGUCAUUCAGUGGGAGGACAAGAAAAUGCCUGUUGGUUGUGGAACUUUCGUGGUGUCUAACUCAUUCGAAAAAUUCACUACAGAUGAUGUCUCACUUCAGGUAGUGCCUCAAACCUCCAUGGAUGGAAAGGAAUAUACCAUUCUUCCCAAGAUUGGGGAUGUUUGGGCCAUAUACAGAUUCUGGACUUGUCACAAGGAGUUCGAGGACAUGGGUUCCUGCAGCUAUGCCAUUGUGGAAGUUCUUGAUGACACCUUGGACUAUAAGGUUUUAGCGUUGGAGCCUGCGUUGUUUUCUAAUGAAGAGACAGGUAAAAAUAGAAUCUUCAGAGCAGCUGAGAGUAGGAAUCCUGAUUGGGACGGUGAGGAUGGGUUGGAAGUGAGAUUUACAAUCCCCAAGUCAAAAAUGCUCAGGUUCUCACAUCAGAUUCCUGCUACUCGAGUUACCAAGGUGAUAAACGGAGAUGUGAAAGAGCUUUUUGAAGUUGAUGCUAGAGCAAUACCUUCAAACGUGAGGUUCCAAGACCAUGGAGCAUAGGGGGAAGUGAAGGAAGGGUAGACAGAGAAGGAUUACUUUUUGUUAAGCUUUCGGUGCAUUUUGUCAAAAAAAGUUUGUUCUUUGGUUUAAGAUCUGAGACCUGAAAAACUUAUCUAGACUUUCGUCAUGGUUUAAAAACUCAUGCUUCUUUUGUUGGUUCAAUGUCAAUCUAGCAUUUGCUCUCUUA